AUGUCGGUAGGACGGCGACGCGGGUCGUUGCUCGGCACCGAUGAGCGCAUCGUGAUGGAUCUCGGUAGUCAUACGUGCCGCGCGGGCUUCAGUGGCGAUGUCGAGCCGCGCGUGGUGAUGAAUGCGGCGGCGGCGUGUGGCACCGAGUCGCUGUGGCGGCUGGACUGGGACGCCGAUCGUGAGCACCCCGAUUUGGUGCGGACGCUGACGCGCCUCGUGCGGCGUGUGUACCAGGAGCAUUUGCUCGUAGACGCCAAGACGUACCGCGUGCUGCUGUCGCGCCAUCCGCUGGGCCUGGAUGCCGUGCAGCGUGCGCUGUGCGACGUGCUUCUGCGGACGAUGCACGUCCCGCGGGUGUCGUUCAUUGACACGCAUGUGCUCGCUACGAUCGCGGCGGGGCGGACGCAUGCGCUGGUCGUGCAUGUCGGGCACCUCGAGACGUGCGUCAUGCCCGUGUACGAUGCGCGUCCGAUGCCGCAUCUCUUGACGACGACGCCUCGCGGGGGUCGUCGUCUGACGCACGCCCUACAAAACCUCCUCGCUCAGCACAAUGCGCCUGCUCUGUGCACGCCGGACGUCGUCGAGGCGAUUCAGACGCAGGCGCUCGUCACGGCCGCCGCCGACGGCGAUCACGCCGACGACUGGACAUACACGACGCCCGCCGGCCCCGUGCACGUCCCUGGCUCGCUCCGCGAGCGCGUGUGCGAGCUGUUCUGGGAGCGGGGUGAUCCAGACGAAGACAGUGUGCCGGACUGUGUGCGGCGCUGUGCGGCGCGUCUGCCCAUCGAUCUGCGCCGGCCGCUGCUGGACAGUGUGCUGCUGACCGGUGGCGUGUGCUGUAUCCCUGGCUUUGUGCAGCGCUGUGCCACGGAACUCGAAAGGCCCGUGCUCAACGACACAGCCACACACUGGCCGCCAAACAUGCUCAUUUGGAUGGGCCUGAGCCUCGCGGGCCAUGUGGGGGCAGACGGCACAGACGUAUAUACCUAA